UAAACUUGCCGGUCCAUCAACAAAAUGACCCGAUAUUUACUGUUUUUUACUUGUUCUAUUGUUAAUUUAUUCCAUUUGAUAUAUCCAGUAGCAUCCCAGGAUAUCCUAGGUUGUGGAGGAUUUGUAAAGUCUGAUGUAGAAAUAAACUACUCUCUUGUAGAGGUAAAACUCUACACCAAACAAGGAAGUCUCAAGUAUCAGAUGGAUUGUGCCCCAAACAAUGGAUAUUACAUGAUCCCUGUGUAUGACAAGGGGGUGUACGUUCUUAAAGUAGAGCCUCCGAAAGGAUGGGAAUUUGAACCAGAAAGCAUUGAACUCAACAUUGACGGGUCAACUGACAAAUGCAGCAAAGGAGAAGACAUCAAUUUUCAGUUUGUUGGCUUUGCUGUGGAGGGCAAGGUUUUGAGCAAAGGACAAGACAGGGGACCAGAAGGUGUGACAGUCAGCCUCAAGAAGAAGGAUGGAAUGCCGUUGAAUACAUUACAAACUAAAACGGAUGGAAGAUUUUUCUUUAAAAAAGUUUUGCCUGGAGAGUAUGAAGUUGAAGCAAGUCAUUCUCACUGGCUCUUUGAAAAGAGCAAAGUGUCCGUGAAGGUGGAUGUGACAAACGCAAAGGUUCCAGCCAGCCUUGUCGUUCACGGAUAUGAUGUCAAUGGCCAAGUCCUAAGUGACGGCGAGCCCGUCCGAGGAGUCAACUUUCUCUUAUUCUCAUCAACUGUUAAAGCUCAGGAUAUAAAAGGCUGUGAUACGACUCCAGUGAAAAGCUUCAAGGCACGCGGUGGCAAACAGCCGCUCUGCCAUGUUGUCUCAAACCAGGAUGGCUCCUUUUCAAUCUCAAGUGUACCAACAGGGGAAUAUUCUCUUAUACCCUUCUACAAGGGCGAACAAAUCACUUUUGAUGUCUUACCUGCAAAAAAAGAGUUCAAGGUUGAAUAUGGCUCGGUGGCCUUUCAGGAGCCUUUUCAAGUUGCAGGGUUCUCCGUGAGUGGUAGGGUUCUGAAUGCUAAGGAGGGCUCUGGAGUCGCAAAUGCUGUGGUCUUUGUCGAUGAGAAGGAGGUGACAAAAACUAAAGCUGACGGCACCUAUCAUUUGGUAAACAUGAAGACGGGAACAUAUUCAUUGAAGAUAACAGCAGAAAAUAUUGGAUUUGAUGAUUUGACAGCAAAAAUUUCUCCAAACACACCUCAGUUGCAGGAUAUAACUCCUUCAAGUUUCAGAAUGUGUGGUAAUAUUGUGAUUGAUAAGAUCCCGCGUGGUUUUGACAUAUCGACCAAGGAUCGCAAGGUCGAGCUCCUCACAAUGAAGAACGCUGUCCUUGGCACAUUGGUAGCUGACGAGUCUGGUAAAUUCUGUACUUAUGUCAGGCCAGGGAGUUUUAGACUAAAGCCAGUGAUAGGAGAUGAGGAAGCUACAGCAGGCCUCAAGUUGUCACCAGAAGUCAAAGAAGUGGUUGUCACAGACAAACCGCUGUCGGGCAUCAUGUUUUCACAGUUCAAGGCCAAGGCGAGCGGCUCUGUCAGCUGUCUGAGUAAAUGCGGUGUUGGCAUCCAGAUCACUUUGGUAGCUGCUGGCAAAUCGGGCGAUCACAGGACUUACAAGGUGGAAUCCAGUGGUAACCUUGCAGUGUUUUCAUUUGAUGAUCUGAUGCCGGGAAGAUACCAAGUUACUCUUGCCGAAGAUCAAUGGUGUUGGAAGGAGAAAAGCAUGAAGUUCGAAGUGAUUGACAAAGAUGUGACCAACCUUGACUUUGUCCAGAACGGCUUCCUCUUCACUUACACAAGCACCCAUGAUAUGGCUGUGAACUAUCAUGUUGAAGAUGGUAAAAUGAAACAGUCUGGUUCUGUGACGAUAUCAAAAGGCACUGGUAUCCAGUGUCUCGCGACAGCUGGCAUCUACAAACUAGAACCCGUCUCAUGUCAUCAGUUUGAAAAGGACUCAUAUUCUUUUGAUAUUAACAAUCCAUCAGUUGUCACAUUCACCGCUAUCAAACAUCAAAUCGAAGGCACCAUCACCAGUCAGCAUCUCUCAAGAGACAUCAUGGUCACAUUAAGUUCGUCGUUGAGUUCUGAUAAGUCUGAUACGUACGGUCCAUUGAAGGCUGAGGGAGUCACAGAGCACAAAGACAAGAAGAAGCCAGCUCCGAAAGGACCCUUCACUUAUAAGUUCAAACACUGGGCUCGGUCUGGCGAGCGUUUGACUGUAAUGCCAUCAUCCAAGGAACUCCUAUUUUACCCGUCAUUGAGAGAGAUAUUGGUUGAGGGAGAUACGUGCCCCGGUGAUGUGGUGGAUUUUGAAGGUCGCAUGGGUGUUUUCAUCUCUGGCAAGAUCUCCCCGCCGCUGUCCAAUGUGGAGGUGACUAUCACUGCGGAGGGGGCCGUGGAUAAUGUCAUUGUUGCCUCUACAGAUAACAAGGGCUCAUACAAUGUUGGGCCAUUGCAUGACAAUACCGAGUAUGUCGUGAAGGCGGCCAUGGCCGGUUAUGUCAUGACACCAGUUGAUGGGAAACAGGGCCAUUUCAAGGCUUUCAAACUCGGCCAGAUCUCAGUGGAUGUGAUGGAUGAAGAUAAAAAAGCAUUGGGAAGCGUCCUGUUGUCUCUGAGCGGUGGUGGCCAGUACAGAAGCAACAACCUCACCCAUGACAAUGGGAACAUGAUCUUCACUAACCUGAGUCCUGGACAGUACUUCCUGCGGCCUAUGAUGAAGGAGUACCAGUUUGAUCCAUCAUCUAAGAUGAUUGAGGUCACUGAGGGCUCAACUGUCAGUCUCAAGGUCAAGGGAAAGAGAAUUGCUUACAGUUGUUACGGAAGUGUUACAUCUCUAAACGGUGAACCAGAGGCUGGCGUCGUCAUUGAGGCUGCAGGGAAAGGUGACAACUGUGCCACCUAUCAGGAAGAGACGAAGACAGAAAAAGACGGGACAUACAGAAUAAGAGGGUUGCAGCCAAACUGUGAAUAUGAAGUGAGAUUGAAGUCUGGUGAGGUGAAUGAACACAUCGAGAGGUCUGCCCCUAAGUCUAGAAUGGUCAAGGUAUCUCAAGGAGACUUGGGUGAUGUCAAUAUAAUUGCUUUCCGCCGUAUGAACCAGAUGGACCUUAGUGGACGCAUCAGCACACCAACAAACUUUUUAUCAUCUCUAAAGGUUAUUCUGUUCAGAGAGGACCAACCAGACUCUCCAAUAAGUACAGUCAAAAUUGGAGCAUCAAACUUUUUCUAUCUUCCAUCUGUACUGAUAGACAACAAGAAUUAUGUAGUCCGUCUUGAAAGCAGUCUAUCUAAAUAUUCCUACGACUAUGAGUUACCAGAGACAACAUUCACUGCCAACUCUUCAUACAAACAUUGUGUAAUGGUAUUUGAUCCUAAGAUGAAAUCAACUGAACAGGAGUUGAACCAUGGCUCUUUCCUCAUAGUCCCCCUCGCUGCCUUGGUUGUACUCUUCUCAUACCAUUUUCAAAAGAUCAAACCAUACCUAGCGCAAGCGACUGGUCGCUUGUCAUCAAACGCUGCAAAGAAGAAUUCGAACCAGACAAGUUCACAGCCUGCCCCGUCAUAUGAUCCAUCCCUUUUGGAAACUGAUGUACCAAGUGCAAAGAAAAAAGUCCGCGUUCGAAGAACAUGAUCAAAAAUAUUUUAGAGAUUAUUUGAGAGGAAGUGUCUGUUGUAUUUAUAUCUUGCUAUGUGUUCCGGAACAUCUGUGGAGUGGAAGCACUCAGUUUUACUCAUACGUAGAAGUUUGCAGCAGUUUAUAUGACUUGCAUGAUGUAAAAUGGCAGACAGGGUCGGGAAAUAAACAAAACCACACCUAUUCCAGGCAUGAGAGUCUCCGUUUUUUGCUUCAAUUCAGGUUUUUUUGUCAGGUUCUGCUUAUGCGUCAUUCCAUUAGGUUUUUCAGUCUCUUCGCACUCUCGUGCCUGCCUUUAGGAUGCCCCUUGGAGUGAUCGAAUUUCAUCAGACAGGAUUAAGCGAUGAGGCUUUGUUAUGUUUUCCCUCCUCUGCCAUUAUAUCAUACAUGACAUCUUCACGCUGUACAGUCUUUUAUAGUUUUUAUAUCAACAAUCAUGAAUUUUUAUACUGUAAUUUGGACUGAUUCCGCAAAUAUCUUCAAGUAUCUCAAGACACACCUCACUUACUUGUUUGUCCACAGAAAUUGUGUGCAUGUACAUGAACAUGUAUGUGUAACUGUAUGACGCAUUUUGAAAAAAAAAUCGACAUUCACAAAAAUUCAAUAAAAAUAGUAAAAUUGCCGUUAAA